AUGGCUGACAAGAAGCGCCAGCUGCUUAUUAUCUCUAACCGGCUCCCCCUCUCACUUCAAAAGGUGGACGGCAAGUACGAGUCCACGCUCUCCAGUGGCGGCCUCGUCACCGCACUCUCAGGCGUUAGCAAGUCUACCAACGUGCGCUGGUUCGGCUGGCCGGGCUCGAACAUCGAGGAUCCCGAGGAGCGCAAGACCGCCAACGAGGCAUUGGCCGAGAACAACGCGGUUGGGAUCUUUUUAGAUGAAGCGCUGGCACACAGCCAUUAUAAUGUGUUUUCAAACGGGAUCGCCUGGCCGAUCCUCCACUACCAAUCCGGUGUCGACUUCAACGAGGACGCAUGGAAAUCAUACAAGAAAGUCAACGAAAUCUUCGCCGACUCUGUCGCCGAGUCGGCGUCCGAUGGCGAUUUGAUCUGGAUACAUGAUUAUCACCUCCUUUUGCUUCCAGCGUACUUGCGCGACCGGCUCGAGAAGCAGGGCAAAAAGUGCCCCAUCGGAUUCACGCUGCACACGCCGUUCCCAGCAGAGGACUUCUGGCGCGCGCUGCCAGUGCAGAAGGAGUUGCUAGCUGGUGUGCUAGCCUGCGACCUCAUCGGCUUCCACACGGACGAGUAUAAGCGGAAUUUUAUCGAGUGCUGUUCGCGCGGGUUGGACGUCAGCGUCAAGGAUGACAGUAUUGUUUACCAGGGCCACACAGCGCGUACGGGCACGUUCGUCGUCGGCGUCGACCCGGCCAAGUUCACGGAUGGGCUGCAGACUACCGAGGUGAAGAACCGCAUCAAGGAACUUGAGGAUGAGUACAAGCAUAAGACCGUGAUCCUGGGCGUGGAUCGACUCGAUUACACGAAAGGCCUUGUGCAGAAGCUGCAGGGAUACGACUACUUCCUACGGCAGCACCCAGAGCUCAAGAACAAGGUGAGGCUCAUCCAGGUGGCCAUUCCGAGCCGCGAGGAUGUAAAAGAAUACCAGGAGUUGGAGAGGGAGCUGAGUAUGCUUGUGGGCAAGAUUAAUGGAGAACACUCGACGCCCGACGGCACCCCAAUUAUCUACCUGCACCACUCCGUCCCCUUCACUGACCUGACGGCACUCUACCGCAUCGCGGACAUCUGCCUCAUCACCUCUCGACGCGACGGGAUGAACCUGGUCGCAGCGGAAUACGUUGCCUGCCAGAAAGACCGGUUUGGCGUCCUCGUGCUGUCGGAACUUGCAGGCGCGGCCUCCUUCAUGAGCAAGGGAAGCAUCACCUUCAACCCGUCUAGUGCGCAGCAGCUGGCAGACGCGGUUUACAAGGCAGCGACAAUGAGCCCUGAGGAGAAGAAGCAGGGGUACCUGCAGUUGGAGGAGUUCAUUACCAACAAUACAAGGUAUGCUCCGCAUCUUCCUACCUCAUCAGCCCAACAGUUGUGGUAUACUGACCAGUGA